UUUCCCGUAAAUAUAAAAAUGACCGACAAGAGAGAAGAGGAGAAAAAGGAGGAUGACGAACGUCUCGAAUAUCUUUAUAAGUAUUUAGUGUUAUCGAGAAAAAUUAAACUCGACAAAUGGAUAAAGAUGUUAACAAACGAGGAAUACAAGGAGAUGAUUAUGAAAUUCUUUGACACGCCGUCGGAGAUGAUUCUGAUAGUGCAACUGAGUCCGGCCGCCGUAUUGGUGCCGUAUCUCGAGAUACCAGCGACAGGCCGGGUAAAGGCAUCGUACUUUAUAAAGAGAAGUCCUGCCAAGAUCACACGGGAGAAUUACAGGGACGUUAUUAUACCCGGAGACAUGGCGCCGAGACCCAUCGAGGAAUUAUCCGUUUUGUUUGAGGAGGCUUACGUGCCGAUAUUGUCGAAUCCGAGGAAUCACAAGGGCUGGCCGCGCGUUAUCGGCGAAGACACGAAGAAACACGUUUACGAUUUCCGCAAUAUAAUAUGCCAGGUCAAAGGUAAGAUGACAGGACAGACGUUACUGCCGAUGCCGAUGGGUGUCGAACAGGUAUUCGAGGAGGAAUGGAAAGCGCAGCGAAGCGGCGGUGUUGAGGUCGAUGUUUAUUUAAAAAGCGAUAUAGAGACUAUAGUGACAAAAUGGCGUUCGCAAAUUAACGAUGUACUUAACGAGGAGAGCACACGCGCCUUCCUCAACGAUAAACAGCCGAUACCGAGCGAGGAGAUCGAGUUCUGGCGUCAACGACUUGAAAAUGUCGAAUCGAUCUAUAACCAGAUGAGAGAUCCUCGAGUGAAAAAAAUGGCAUCUAUCCUGGAAUUAACCAAGAGUCCCUACUCACAGUGUUUCAAGACUCUAUUGAAAGACGUUAUGACCGCGGUGAUCGAAGCGCGUGAUAUUUGUUCCUAUUUGAAAGCGUUGGAGCCUUACUUCGAAGACAUACAAAAUACUGAAUUCAAAGAUAUACAGCCGAGAUUGAAACCACUGUUGCAUUGCGUGUGCCUGACAUGGUCAAACUCAAAAUAUUAUUGCACUUCCACGCGGAUAAUCACAUUGCUGUCCGAGAUAUCCAAUUUGCUAAUAACUGAGGUACGUAAAAGGGAAAUAGUUAUUUCAAAUAUCGAGGCGCUCAAGCAAUCUAAAUCCUAUACUAGAAAAUUAAUUGCCGCCAAAUAUUUGGAUCAGAGUACCUUGUUCGCGGGCGACGUCAAGGAUAAUCUGAAACAUUUGGAGCAUGUGACAAGCAUUCUGACUUAUUACACAGAAAUGUUCGAGAUGUUUCGAACUAAGCUGGAUUACUACUUCAAGUACCCGACUGAGUCGAUCCCGUGGAAUUUUGACGAAGAAUUAGUACUCGGAAGAAUAAUAAAUUUUCAGAAACGUCUAGCAGAGAUAAAAAUGUUGUUUGAGACGGCCCAAGAAUAUUUUAAGCUAGAAAAGAUGGAAUUUACCGGUUUGAAGGGGAAAACAUUGUGCUCGAGAAUAUAUGAUAUUCACGAAAAGUUUGUCAAACUUUACAAUGAAUUCGCCGAGUUGGAAUAUGAUAUUUUAAUUCCGGAAGAAAUACGAUUCACCGAUAGCGUCACUUUUUUUUUAGCGAAGAUCGAAGAGUUUGAUCGACAGAUCGCGAAUAUAUUCGAUCAGGCAUUCUCCGAAUGUCAUAAUACGGAAACUAUAUUCAAACUAAUAUGGAUAAUAGGCUCGAUGGCCAAUCGACCGAUCAUCAUGGCGCAAUUAUGGCACAAUUACGAGAAAUUGCUUCAAAGAAUUCAUAUUCAUUUCGAUGAUAUUAAAGUAAUAUUCGACAACACGUUCAAAGACCGUGACGAGAACGAGUGGAUUGAGACCGAUCAGUAUUUCCCGCGUGUGGCCGGCGCUUUGUGCACAUUGACGCAAUUGCGGCAACGAAUAGAUUAUCCGAUGCAAUGCGCGAAAUCUGUCGAUCAUCCUCUAAUAAUCUUGAGAAUCGCGCGUGAAACCAAACUGAAGCACGAGCAACUGCAGUCGCUCAUGGACGCGAUGGAGCACGAAAUAUUCAUGGACUGGGCCAAAAAGAUGGUCGAUAUAAGCGAUGUUCACUUGUCGAAGAGCUUAUUAACAAUACGCGAGAACAAAUUACUCAAUCUGAACUUCCAUCCAGAGCUGACCGCUCUCCUGCGCGAAAUUCGUUAUAUGAUUAUUAUGCAGAGGCCAGACCUGUCCGAGGAAGCGAUUCGGCUCUACUACAGAACGCAAUAUUUCUUCGAGAGCACAUACAAUCUGAGUUUGUUUAUACAAUGGUACAAUUGGAUAAGGAAUAACGGUUUGCCUGUGGAAAUGGAGUUGGUGAGACACGAGAUCGAAAGAAUAGAUGAAUUAAUUCGCAUUGGUCAAGAAAUGUAUGAUUGGAAUUCUCCAGGUGAAAAUUCUAGUUUAUAUAUCAAUUAUAUAACAUUAUAUUAUAAAAACAUAACAUUAUAUUAUAAAAAUAUAGAAGUGCCGGAGUAUAUCGAUAAUUUGAUGAAUCCGGUGCGGAAAUUACAUUCGCGGAUCUUUCGCGCGCAAGAAAACGUCGGCGCAUUGCUGCGGAUGAUUUACUCGUGGGCACUGUCGCCGAUAUUAGAGCGUAAAGAUUUUAAAAGCGAGAAUUUGCUCGCCUUGGGCGAACGAGAUGAGAAUUUUCAAAAGCGAUACGGUCAAAUCGAGCGCGCCGUCAGGGAACUAAAUCGAGUCUUGGAUGAAAAUUAUAAACUCUUCUUCGACUUGUUACCCGAUCUUUGGUACGAGAGAGACGAGUUCGAGUUGGACGAAAGUAAUUCAUAUUUACCUAUUGUCUCUAAAGCUAGAUUGUUUUAUUCACAUUAUAUUCCAUAUCACGAGUGCCAUGAUUCUUUUAUACUAACUAUUUAUGCUAUCUUAUUCAGAACUUUUAAAAUUCCAAGAUUUGGCCAAAAUAAAAUUAUGAUAUAUUCGAAUACAGAUGCACAGAUAGAUAUCGGGAAGCGAGAUAUAGAACUCGAAGAAAGAGCAGAGGACGUAGAAGAGAUACGAACUCCGCUAAGCAAAUUGAGAAUUGAAGAGAAGGAAAGAACGACCGUGGGUGGUGAUUUGGAAAAUCAAAAAGCAGAACUAAUAACCGAAAUAUUCCAAACUGAGGAAGAAAUUGUUCAGCGUAUGAUCAAAUGGAAACCAUAUCUCGCUUAUAUUGACGAUCUGAUAUCGAAAGUUCUGAUCCAAGCCGCUUCUACCAGUAUAUGUUACCUGCUCGAUGAAACUGAUCCGGAGAGCAACGUGUCGCCUCUCUUCAAGAUUCAGUUAUUACUCGAGGUUCCCCACAUUGUCUUUCUUCCUGCGGUAGAUCCGGAUGAUCCCGAAGGCUUUUACACGUUUUAUGAGGGCCUGUUGCUUGAUGUUAUGAGGAUGGGAACUUUGAUACCGCGCGUAGAUCCCGACAUCGCAACGGAACGAGAGCACUAUGGAAUCGAUUUAGCGGAAGAAGAAAAUAUCGUUUUCAUGCUCGAGGAGACGUGUCAUCGGAUCAAACUGGGUUUGGUGCAAGCACAGGAAUAUAUUGUCAUCUUUGAGCCAUUUUCCUGGUUAUGGUUGGACGAUAAGCAGCAAUACUUGAAUUUGUUUUUACGUUUCGGCCGUGCUCUCACGGACGAAGAAAAGGAAAUGGUAGCGCAGGGGCUAGAAAAUUUAUCGGAGCAUUUAAAAGAGAAAAAGCCAGGAUUAGACGAUUUUAAAAGAGAGAUCGACUACUUUAUGGCUCUUUACAAAAAAUGUGACGAAUUCGAAAAUGAGAAGAUUUUCUUGCGUUGGUUACGGCUAGAUGUGAGAUCCUUCAAGCAAGCUCUACUCAACACGAUCUGCAAAUGGACUAAUUUAUUUAAGACGUAUCUCAUCGAUCAUGUCAACAGCGAGCUCAGAAACCUUAGUGAAUUCUUGACCAAAGCUCUAAAGAAAUUCACACAGCCGAUCGCACCGGAUGAUUACGAAGACUUACUAAACACUAUAUAUUAUUUAAAGCAAGUUCGAGAUCGGCAAUAUCAAAUUGACGACAUGUGGGAGCCUAUAAAGGCGACUAUAGAUCUUCUCAAGCAGUAUCAAGUGAAAUUCGGUGAAGAAACGUAUACCUGGCUGACGGAAUUGCCGGAGCAAUGGGCGACGGUUAAGAAAUGGGCGGCGCAGGUGAAGCAGCUCGUACAACCUUUGAUGGCGCGACAAAUUGAGCUGCUGAAGAAGCGUCUCAAUUAUUACGAUUUUAGGCAACAGCAAUAUCUGGCGAGAUUCCGCGAGAACGUCGUAUUUAAUUUCGAUUGUACAAACGUGUACGAGAAACUAGAUAAGAUAAACGAAGAAAUCGUGAAGUUCGAAGAGGAAUUAAAGGCAUUACACGAUCAGGCGAAUAUAUUCGAGCAGCAGGUAACGGAAUUUAAACAAAUCAAGCUCGCCAGAAGAGAAUUGAAACUUCUGAAGAAUCUUUGGGAUUAUGUCAAUAUCGUUACGUCGAGUUUAGACGAGUGGAAGACAACAUUCUGGAAAAAAAUAGAUGUCGAAGGAAUGGAUCAAGAAUGUAAAAAAUUGAUUCGGGAAUUGAGACAAUUAGAUAAAGAGAUGCGAGCUUGGGACUUGUACGCACGGAUAGAAGCACAAGUGAGGAACAUGAUAUCAUCGCUAAGGGCAGUUUCGGAAUUGCAAAAUCCCGCUAUCAGGGACAGACAUUGGCAAGAACUCAUGGCUGAAACACGAGUAAAAUUCACUAUGGACGAUAAAACCACUUUGGAAGAUCUGCUGAAAUUAGAGCUUCAUAAAUACGAAGAGGAGGUUAAAAACACGGUAGACAAAGCGGUUAAAGAAAUGAGCAUGGAAAAAGUUCUCAAAGAGCUACACAAUACAUGGGACACUCUCGAAUUCAGUAAAGAGACGCACGAACGUACGAAACUCAGCGUCCUAAAAAUAAGUGAAGGAACGAUCGAGAUGUUGGAAGAGAAUCAGGUACAACUGCAAAAUAUGUUGGACUCCAAAUAUGUCGCCUAUUUCCUCGACGAAGUGAUGGACUGGCAAAAGAAGCUCGGCAAUGCAGACGCCACGAUCAACGCCUGGUUUGAAGUUCAACGAAGAUGGAUGCAUCUGGAGAGUAUUUUUAUCGGCUCGGAAGAUAUAAGAAGCCAAUUACCGGAGGAGUCGAAACGCUUUGAAAAGAUAGACAAGGAUUUUAAGGAUCUAUUGAAGGAAAUGUUAACCAACUUGAAUAUAGUGAAGUCGAUGAAUAGACCGAAACUUCUGGACCGCUUGGAGGAAUUGGAAAGACAAUUGAACAUUUGCGAGAAAGCACUGUCCGAUUAUCUGGAGACAAAAAGACUGGCCUAUCCACGAUUCUAUUUUAUCUCAUCUGCAGAUCUAUUGGACAUACUGAGCAACGGAAAUAAUCCCGAAAUGGUUUGCAAGCAUUUGCCUAAAUUGUACGACUCGUUGGCGAAGCUGCAGUGGGUACUCGAAGGAGGAAAGCCGACGAAACAUGCCAACGGAAUGAUAGCGAAGGACGGCGAAGAAAUGGCCAUGUAUGGUACAUGCGAUUGCACAGGAAAGGUUGAGAUCUGGUUGAAUCGCGUUACGGAGGCAAUGAGGCGAACCGUGAGAUAUCGUUUCAGCCAGGCUGUCGUUUCGUACGAUGAGAAGCACCGCGAGUCUUGGAUUUUAGAUCAAGAGGCGCAGCCAGCUCUAUGCGGCACGCAAAUCUGGUGGACUUCCGAGGUGAAUAUGGCAUUCGUGCGGCUCGAAGAGGGAUUCGAGAAUGCGCUCAAGGAUUAUCAGAAGAAGCAAAUCAGCCAAUUAAACGCAUUGAUCGCAAUUCUACGCGGCGACCUGAACGAGAAUGAUCGGCAAAAGAUCAUGACUAUCUGUACCAUCGACGUGCACGCGCGUGACGUCGUCGGGAAAUUAAUAUCUCUCAAAGCGGAAAGCUCCUCCAAUUUUCAAUGGCAGUCGCAGUUAAGACACAGGUGGGACGACAAAUCGGAAGAUUGCUUCGCCAACAUUUGCGACGCGUGUUUCAUAUACGCUUACGAGUACCUGGGUAACGUGCCACGGCUAGUAAUUACGCCGUUGACGGACAGAUGCUACAUUACGUUGACGCAAUCGUUGCAUCUGAUAAUGGGCGGUGCACCGGCUGGGCCCGCAGGGACGGGGAAAACCGAGACGACCAAGGACCUCGGUAGAGCCCUCGGACAAAUGGUUUAUGUCUUCAACUGUUCCGAACAAAUGGACUAUAAAUCUUGCGGCAAUAUAUACAAAGGAUUAGCGCAGACUGGGGCAUGGGGUUGCUUCGACGAAUUCAAUAGAAUUUCCGUCGAGGUCUUGUCGGUCGUCGCUGUGCAAGUGAAAUGCGUUCUGGAUGGGGUCAAAAACCGAAAGAAUACAUUCUUGUUCUUUGGGGAGGAGCUCAACAUCGUGGACACAGUUGGCAUAUUUAUAACGAUGAAUCCCGGUUACGCCGGUAGAACGGAAUUACCCGAAAACUUGAAGACGCUAUUCCGGCCCUGUGCUAUGGUGGUGCCCGAUUUUGAGCUAAUUUGCGAGAUCAUGUUAGUGGCCGAGGGUUUUCAAGAGGCGAGAUUACUAGCGAGAAAGUUCAUUACUCUGUAUAUGCUAUGUCGUGAACUCUUAUCCAAGCAAGAUCAUUACGACUGGGGUCUGAGAGCCAUCAAGUCCGUUUUGGUCGUCGCUGGAAAAUUGAAGCGUGACGAUAGGCAAAGGCCGGAGGAGCAAGUGUUAAUGAGAGCUUUAAGAGAUUUUAAUAUGCCAAAAAUCGUGACUGACGAUGUGCCAGUAUUCAUGGGAUUAAUAGGAGAUUUAUUUCCCGCUUUGGAUGUACCGCGAAAGAGAGAGCUAGAUUUCGAAAUGAUGGUCAAAUCUGCGGCUCUCGAUUUAAAGCUACAACCGGAAGAUGGAUUUAUUUUAAAGGUUGUACAAUUGGAGGAGUUGCUUCACGUUCGACACUCUGUCUUUAUCGUCGGCCUCGCUGGAACCGGUAAGACCGAAGUCUGGAAGACGCUCAACAGAACGUAUACGAAACAAACGCGCAAACCGCAUUACAACGAUCUGAAUCCAAAGGCGGUGACCAACGACGAGUUAUUUGGUGUCAUUAAUCCAGCGACGAGGGAAUGGAAAGACGGGUUGUUCUCCAUGAUAAUGAGGGAGCAAGCCAAUAUGCCCAGCAACGGUCCAAAGUGGAUCGUGUUCGAUGGUGACAUCGACCCGAUGUGGAUCGAAUCAUUGAAUACUGUGAUGGACGAUAAUAAGGUCUUGACGUUGGCGAGUAACGAGAGAAUUGCAUUGACCAAACAAAUGCGCCUUCUCUUCGAAAUCUCAACUUUAAGGACAGCUACGCCAGCGACGGUGUCCAGAGCGGGGAUUUUAUACAUCAACCCACAAGAUUUAGGCUGGAGUCCAUUCAUCACAAGUUGGAUAGAGACAAGAGAUCAUUCCGAACGUGCUAAUCUAUCGAUUCUCUUCGAAAAGUAUAUUCCACCUUUACUGGAAGUGACAAAGUCAAGAUUUAAGAAAAUCACCCCCUUACCAGAGAUAUGUCAUUUGCAAAUGCUUUGUCACUUACUUGAUUGUUUCCUGACCAAAGAAAAUGUACCGCCAGACUGUCCGAAGGAAUGGUACGAAUUGUAUUUUGCAUUCGCUUGUAUUUGGGCGUUCGGUUCCGCAAUGUUUCAAGAUCAGCUGAUAGAUUGGCGAAAAGAAUUUAGCAGGUGGUGGCAAAAUGAAUUCAGAACCAUCAAGUUUCCAAUAGGCGAAACCAUAUUUAGUUAUUUCAUAGAACCAGAGACGAAAAAGUUGAUACCCUGGAGCGAGAGAGUCGUCCAGUUCGAGUUGGAGUCUGAUAUUCCGCUUCAGUCCGCUUUAGUGCCAACUGGAGAAACGGUGCGUUUGCGUUUCUUCAUGGACUUGCUGAUAAAAAAACGCGUUCCGGUAAUGUUAGUGGGUGGAGCGGGCUCCGGAAAAAGUGUCAUCAUGGCCGACAAAUUGGCAAAUUUGGCAGAUAAUUACAACAUCGCAAACGUUCCCUUUAAUUUCUACACUACAUCAGAGAUGUUGCAAAGAAUACUCGAGAAACAUUUGGAGAGGAAAGCGGGGCAUAAUUACGGGCCACCGGGCACGAAACUAUUGGUAUAUUUCAUAGACGACAUGAACAUGCCGGAAGUGGACACUUAUGGGACCGUACAACCGCAUACUCUCAUCAGGCAACAUAUGGAUUACAAUCAUUGGUACGACAGAACGAAACUAACUUUAAAGGAGAUUCACAAUACGCAAUAUGUAUCUUGUAUGAAUCCUACCGCGGGUAGUUUCACCAUAGAUCCGCGCUUGCAGAGACACUUCGCUGUGUUUGCCGUCAGUUUUCCGCAAACCGAGGCGCUCAAAUUGAUAUACAGCCAGAUCCUCGAGCAGCACGUGACCGAUCCGCGGGAGAAGUUCCAUCCGGCGGUGCAGACGUUCACAGGUCCUCUGAUAGACACCGCGUUGUAUCUCCACGAUAAGAUCGUCUCGACCUUCCUACCGACGGUCGCCAAGUUUCACUAUCUUUUCAAUUUGCGCGAUUUAACCAACAUAUUUCAGGGAAUGCUGUUCGCCCGUGGUGACGUCUUGCCUCUUCCGAGUCACAUAAUCAGGCUUUACGUUCAUGAAGCGACGCGAGUGUAUCGCGAUAAACUGGUAAACUCCGACGAUCAGAAAGUGUUUGAUCGGCUGCUGCUCGAGGCUCUUCGAAAAAAUAUACGCGAUCUGAACGAAAACGAAAUCAGUUUGGAGCAGCCGUUAAUAUACUGUCAUUUCGCGGAAGGAAUCGGAGAAGCCAAGUAUGCACCUGUCAAGAAUUGGACCCAGCUUGUAAAAUUACUUGACGAAGCUUUGCUCAAUUAUAAUGAGCUGGUGUCUGCAAUGAAUCUAGUAUUAUUCGAGGACGCCCUGUGUCACGUGUGUCGUAUUAAUAGAAUAUUAGAGGCGCCAAGGGGCAAUGCACUUCUUGUGGGCGUAGGUGGUAGUGGCAAACAAUCCUUGUCACGACUAGCUUCUUUCGUUUCCUCGUUGGAGGUAUUUCAAGUACAACUGCGUAAAGGUUACUCGUUAAACGAGUUGAAAGCUGACUUGGCCGUGUUGUACCUGAAGGCCGGCGUGAAGGGUAUCGGUAUUACUUUCUUAAUGAGCGAUUCACAAGUCGCUGAGGAAAAAUUCUUGGUCGUUGUGAAUGAUAUGUUGGCGUCGGGGGAGAUCGCGGAAUUGUUGACUGACGACGAAGCGGAUAACGUCAUUAACGCCGUGCGCAACGAGGUCAAGCAAACCGGAAUAAUCGACACCAAAGCGAACUGCUGGAAAUUUUUCAUCGAACGCGUGCGAAGGCAAUUGAGAUGCGUCCUGUGCUUCUCACCGGUAGGGGCGACCCUACGAAAAAGGGCCAGGCAGUUCCCCGCAAUAGUAAAUUGCACCGCGAUCGACUGGUUUCAGGACUGGCCGCAAACGGCUCUAGAAUCCGUGUCGGCGACGUUUUUGGAGGAAUUGAAGGAAUUAUCGGCCGAAUAUCGGACUUCCGUAUCACUCUUCAUGUCCUUUGUUCACACGAGCGUGAAUAACGUGUCCGCGAUAUAUUUGCAAAAUGAAAGGAGAUACAACUAUACGACGCCGAAAUCAUUUCUCGAACAGAUCUCUUUGUACUCCAAAUUGCUAACAGAAAAAACGCAUGACUUGAAGGCAAUGAUAUCGCGUCUCACCGAUGGAUUGGUGAAACUCGCAUCCUGUGCCAUUCAGGUCGACGAGUUAAAGAUCAUUCUGACCGCUCAAGAGAUCGAGUUGAAGAAAAAGAACGAGAUAGCCGACAAGAUAUUGGCUGAAGUACGUGCGGAGAACGUAAAAGCGGAGGCGGAAAAGGCCAUCGUGACCGAGGAAGAGGAAAAAGUGGCGGAGAUCAAAGAGGUGGUGUCGGAAAAUCAGAGACAUUGCGACGAAGACCUGGCCCGCGCGGAGCCGGCGGUGAGGCAGGCCGAAGCUGCGCUCGAUACUUUGAACAAGAAUAACUUGACCGAAUUGAAGUCUUUUGGAACGCCGCCGGAUGCGGUGUUAAAGGUCGCCCAGGCCGUGCUCGUUUUAUUCGCGCUUGAAGGGAAGAUCCCGAAAGAUAGAUCUUGGAAAUCUUGCAGAAUGAUAAUGGGAUCUAUCGACGCGUUUCUGUCACAUUUGCGUGAUUACGAUAAAGAGAAUAUACAUCCGGAUGUCGUUAAAGCGAUCCAGCCGUAUAUCAAUGACAAAGAGUUCGAUCCGGAUUUCGUGUAUUCAAAAUCGCAAGCGGCAGCGGGAUUAUGUAGCUGGGUGAAAAAUAUUAUGGUAUUUCAUUACAUCAAUGAGAACGUAAAACCUCUGAGAAUCGCGCUCGCUCAAGCAAACGCCGAAUUGAGGACCGCUAUGGAGAAGUUGAAUUCUUUGAGGAGUCGUUUAGCGGAGCUUCAGAAGAUGUUAGACAUUCUGAGCGAAAAGAUGAACGUGGCUUUAGCCGCGAAACAAAAAUGUCAGGACGAAGCGGAAGCGACCGCUUUCACUAUAGAUUUGGCAAAUCGAUUGGUAAACGGUCUCGCGUCUGAGAACGUUCGUUGGGCUGAGACUGUGGAAGUGUUAAAAAAAUCCGAAAUUACUCUACCGGGCAACGUGUUGCUCGUCACGGCAUUCAUCUCUUAUAUGGGAUGUUUUACGAGGAAAUAUAGAAUGGAUCUCAUGAAUUUACAUUGGUUACCGUUUCUCGACAAUCUGCAAGUGCCAAUACCGCACACACCGGACUUGGAUCCGUUGUCUUUAAUGACCGACGACGCGAAGAUUGCCCAGUGGAAUAACGAUGGUUUACCCACGGACAGGAUGUCCUCGGAAAAUGCCACGAUACUCACGAAUUCGUCUAGAUGGCCACUGAUGAUCGAUCCGCAAUUACAGGGGAUCAAGUGGAUUAAGAAUACAUACGGGGACGAAUUAAUGGUGUUACGUUUAACUCAAAAAAAUUAUCUCGACAGAAUCGAACACGCUAUCGCAAACGGAGAUGUGGUGUUACUGGAGAGUAUUAUGGAAACGGUCGACGCCGUUCUAGAUCCGAUCCUGGGCCGGGUUUUAAUAAAGAGAGGAAGGGCCAUCAAGGUGGGGGACAAAGAGGUGGAUUACGAUCAGCGCUUCCGUCUCAUCUUACAAACAAAACUAGCGAAUCCUCACUAUAAGCCGGAGAUGCAAGCUCAGACUACGCUCAUCAAUUUCACGGUUACGAAGGACGGUUUGGAGGAGCAGCUAUUAGGCGCCGUCGUGAAAGCGGAACGUCCGGAUCUGGAGUCGAGCAAAGCCGAGCUCACAACUCAACAAAACACGUUCAAGAUCACAUUGAAAGUGUUGGAGGAUGAUCUGUUGCACAGAUUGGCGACGGCUGGACCCGACAUCCUAAGCGAUGUUGCUCUUGUGGAGAAUCUCGAAACUACGAAGAAGACCGCGAGCGAGAUCGAAGCGAAGGCGAUCGAGGCGAAGGUGACCGCUGGGAAGAUAGACGAGGCGCGAGAAUCCUACCGGCCGGUGGCAUCCAGGGCCAGCCUCCUCUACUUCAUUCUUAACGAUCUUAACAAGAUCAACAUGCUGUACCAAUUUUCUCUCAAGGCGUUCAGCACGGUCUUUCAGAAUGCUAUUAAAUUCGCGGAACCGGCCGACACCCUCGGUAAACGCGUCGCCAGUCUGAUCGACAGCGUCACGUACUUGGUUUUUACCUACACCAGCAGAGGACUAUUCGAGAGCGACAAGCUCAUAUUUCUCUGUCAGCUGACUCUUCAGAUUCUGCUGCAGACGAAAGAGAUAGAUCAGAUUGAAGUAGAUUUUCUCUUACAAUUUCCUUAUUUACCGGAUCAGACGAGCCCGGUGGACUUUUUGAGCAGCGUCGCCUGGGGCGGCAUCAAAUAUUUGAGCGGAAUGGAAACUUUCCAUAAUCUAGAUCGCGAUAUAGACGGGGCGGCGAAAAGAUGGAGGAAAUUUGUGGAAUCGGAAACACCGGAGAGAGAAAAAUUUCCUCAGGAAUGGAAAAAUAAGACAGCCUUCCAGAGACUUUGCAUAAUGAGAUGCGUGAGACUAGAUCGAAUGAUUUACGCAAUACGGUGUUUCGUGGAAGAGAAACUGGGUGUAAAAUUCAUACAGUUCCGUAUGCAGCCGUUCGAAAAAUCAUACGAAGAGACAAGCGCGAAUACGCCGGUAUUUUUUAUUUUGUCUCCAGGAGUCGAUCCUUUAAAGGACGUCGAGAAACUUGGUAGACGGCUCGGCUUUACGUUCAACGCGCAAAAUUUCCACAACAUAUCGUUGGGACAAGGUCAAGAAUCCGUCGCGGAGAACACGAUUGAGAUUUCGGCGCGCAACGGUCACUGGGUUAUACUUCAAAAUAUUCAUCUGGUGCGGAAUUGGCUGCCGAGUUUGGAAAAGAAGAUAGAACAACUCUCGGAGGAGUCGCACGAGGACUAUCGUCUCUAUAUUAGCGCGGAACCGAGUCCCGAUCCCCACGAAUCGUUAAUACCGCAGGGCAUACUAGAGUCGGCCAUAAAGAUCACCAACGAGCCGCCGACGGGUAUGCGCGCCAAUAUCCACAAAGCUCUGGACAACUUUAGCCAGGACACACUGGAAUCUUGUGCCAAGGAGACAGAAUUCAAAGCUAUUCUCUUCGCCCUAUGUUACUAUCAUGCUGCUUUGGCCGAGCGUAGAAAAUUCGGGGCGCAAGGAUGGAAUAAGUUAUAUCCCUUCAACGUUGGCGACUUGACCAUCAGUGCUUCGGUACUAUUAAACUAUCUCGAGGGCAAUACUAAGACACCCUGGGAGGAUUUGCGUUACUUAUUCGGAGAGAUCAUGUACGGCGGUCAUAUAACCGAUGAUUGGGAUAGAAGGUUGUGUCGAACGUAUCUCCUCGAGUAUCUACAGCCGGAAUUAGUCGAGGGCGAAUUAUAUCUGGCGCCGGGUUUUCUGGUGCCAUCCAGUACUGAUUACACGAGCUAUCAUCAGUAUGUGGAAUAUUAUUUGCCGACGGAGAGCCCCAUCUUAUACGGACUUCACCCGAACGCGGAGAUCGGAUUCCUCACAAGUACGGCGGAGAACUUAUUCAGAACAAUCUGGGAGAUGCAACCGCGGGACGUCGCCGAUACAACGACCGGAGUGUUAUCGAAAGAAGACAAGGUGAAGGUUAUGAUAGAGGAUUUACUUGACAAGCUUCCCGAAGAGUAUAAUAUACAAGAAUUGAUGAGCAAGACGGAAGAUCGCACUCCUUAUGUUAUCGUCGCUCUCCAGGAAUGCGAACAUAUGAACGCGCUUUGCAAGGAACUGAAAAGAUCUUUGAGAGAAUUGGACCUCGGUUUGAAAGGCGAGCUCACGAUCAGCGCAGAUAUGGAGGAUCUGCAGAAUCACCUGUUUAUGGAUUCUGUACCGCCAUCGUGGACCAAACGCGCCUAUCCUUCCACUCUUGGUUUGUCGAAUUGGUUCGCGGACAUGCUCAAUCGAAUAACCGAACUAUCGAAUUGGACGGUAGAUUUUAACUUACCGUCGUCGAUUUGGCUGGGUGGUUUUUUCAAUCCGCAGUCCUUACUUACCGCCAUCAUGCAGCAAACCGCCCGUAAAAACGAGUGGCCCUUGGACAAGAUGUGUCUGCAUUGCGACGUAACCAGAAAGCAGAAGGAAGAAAUUACGAUGCCACCGCGCGAGGGCGCAUACGUGAAUGGCUUGUACAUGGAGGGUGCGCGAUGGGAUGUCGCGUCUGGUGUCAUCGCGGAUUGCCGGCUCAAGGAGCUGUUUUCUCUGAUGCCGGUGGUAUUCGUCAAGGCGAUCACGCAGGACAAACAAGAGACGAAGAAUAUGUACGAGUGUCCGGUUUACAGGACUAGAACGCGCGGUCCUACGUACAUCUGGACGUUCAAUCUCAAGACUCGCGAAAAGCCCACCAAGUGGACCCUGGCCGGCGUCGCGAUUCUCCUACAGAUUUAAGCUCCCUUUUCUUCUCCAGCAUCUCUCCGCUCUCGCGAAACCGACCGACGUUCACACACGAAUUUCGCGCUCGUAAUAGUUUCUUCUUUUAUUUUUUUUAUACCUCUCUCUUCGCACGAAUCGUAAUGGCAAGUCGCGCCGCCGCCGUGCGACGACGGUUUCCCGGUUAAUGACCUCUUCGCAAUUACGUCAAACCUUCUUCGAGUUACGGUCGAGUCGAGGAACGGCGAUAAUUACAAUGCGCGUAUUCGGAUAAUUAUGAUUGGCGUAUACGCGUCCGUUGUAACGCGCAUCUCUUUGUAACCGGCGCUCUGUAAAUGGUGCGAUUUCGACCCGAGUGGAACCUCGUUCUUUCCCGAACGGAAGGAACUUGGUUCGCAGAUGUGACGCGCUCGUUUAGUCCAAAAGGUAUAUACCGCUGGUGUCGUCGCAUGCCAAUUGAAAUCGUCAAUUGAGAGAAUCGGCAUGAAUGUGACAACGUGGCGAACGCACGUUUCGACAACGGUAGGAAGAAUAUUGACGACUCCCUCUCUCUCUCUCUCUCUUUUUUUUUCGUACAUCCGGUGUUUUCUUUACGCGCCCACAACACAUACACACCGCUCUCGCGCGUUAUUAUAUUAGCCGAUACGGCUAUUUGACAAGUCGACGACGGUACACGACGACAAUAUGAUUGGAGGUUUCAAGGAAGUGGUCACCCUUUAUCGACUGCGACGUAAUUAUCUGUUUCGCGAGGAGGCAUCUGGUUUCGCGUGCCGUCCGGCUUCCGCGACGACGCGAUGCGAAAUUUUGGACACGCGAGUGAAACGCCUUGCGAAACCUAACCGAGUCAGCUAAACUGACAAUAACGAAACGACCGGUAAAGUAUAGCGCGGAAGCGAAGCCUACUGUCGCGCGACAUUGUAACCGCACUCGCAAUUGCGUAUAUAUGCUUCUUCAAACGGUACGGUUUCGAUUGGACCUCUAUCGUUUAUCCGGUAUUAUUGAUAACUAUGACGAGAAUUUAUAAAUAUUAUUUGUAUGUAAAUUUAUAUACAGAUUUGGUACGCGCGACAAGUACCUCAAACCAUAGAUCUUUAUUCAUCUCUAGAUAGUUUAUCAAGUUUAAAUUGCUAUAGAAAUAACUCUGUAAUAAGAGUUUCAAAAAUAUAUUUCUUAUGUAUAAAUCAUAAUGUUCUCUAUAAAACACAUGCGUUUUUUAUACGUCGUUAGCAGUUAAAAAAAAAAUUAUGAUUAAUAAUCUUUCCUUUCUCAUAACGUUACCAGUUGAUAAGGCAUCGAAUUGAUAUGCGAUUCGUAUCAAUCGCAUUGUUUUUUUUUGUCUGUUUGGAAAUCAAACUUUCAUGGGGGUGCAUAUUUUCGCGGAUAAGCUUCGGCAUUGAAUGCGUUCAGACGAAGCCGGCGCUACCUGUCUCGGAUUAAGAAAGACUCGGGAAAUAUUUUUUGAUCAUUAAACUAAUUAGAUUACCGGUAUUGCGGCGGUCGGCUAUAAAUUAGUGCUCCAGAACCUUUACGGUUGCUCACCGUCCGGACUCUCUUCGGCCGGAGAACGCCUUCGGGGCAAACGCGCGUUUCUGGUAUUUUAUAGGGGACCUACCGAAGACGCGCGAGAUGAACACGAACGAGACUUCGAAAAAGCCGCAUUCGAGUCGCAUCCGACGAAUCAAGAGAUACAUCGCGCAUUCGAUUGCUACUCGAAUACGUUCGGAUGCCUAAGCCCAAUUUAAACGAUCUAUAAUUCACGAUAAACUUCGAAAUACGAUCCUAUCUAGAAGCUCUUGUAAUGUAAAUAUUUGUAGGAUUACAAUUGUAUCCCUGAAAAAAAGACACGUUCUAUAUUUAGGGAUAAAAACUGCGUAAAAACAAAUUGAUAAAUUCAAUAAUCAUAUUAAUAUAUACGUUACGAAAUCUUACAUGUAUCUUGUGAUAUAGUUAUUUCUCGAUCUCGUGGGAUAGAAUAAUAUGCUUUCUAAGCAUAAUGUUAAAAGCACAUCCACCCAUGUCCUUGCGUUUUGAAUAUCAAUCAACGCGAUAAUUGGAGAUUAUACAAUAUUAUGGCAAUCAAUAAUCCGCGAUUACAUAAU